GAGUUUGAAAGGGGUUUCAAACAGUUACAAUUUACAAUUGAAAAGAGAAUAAGAAUUAAAAAAAUCAAUAAUCAAGAAAUCCUACGUUCCAUCACAAGAAAUUAUCAUCUUCAUUUUCUGUCUCGUUCCAUGGGAAGAAUACUUACAAUCAGAGAUCUUAUAGGAUUCAUCAAAGACAAGGCAUCACUAUUCAAAGCUGUCUUAGUUCCGAAAUCAACCACUCUCUCUCUCCGCUUGGCGGUCCUCCGAGUCACCACCCACUCUCCUCCGGCUCCACCAAAUGACGGCCAGCUUUCCACCCUCCUCCUCCUCGGAGACAGCUCGCGGGCCACAGCCUCCGCCAUCAUUGCAACCCUCAUGGACCGCCUACACCGAACCAGAAACUGUAUUGUUGCGUUAAAGUGCCUUGUGACCAUUCAUUACAUCAUCAAGCAUGGCCCCUUCAUUCUCCAAGAUCAGCUUUCAAUUUUUCCAGUCUCAGGCGGGUUUAAUUACCUAAAACUAUCGGCUUUUCGCGAUGGUGCCACCGCCACCAUGUGGGCCCUCUCUGUAUGGGUCAGGUGGUACGCGCGUUACCUGGAAACCCUACUUUCCAGUUCUAGGGUUUUAGGCUAUUUGAUUUGCUCAUCUUCUUCCAGCACAGUUAAAGAGAAUCAAGAACAGAGAAUUCCGUUUUUCUUGAACGCUGAUUUGAUCAAAGACGUCGAUUGUUUGGUUGGACUGGUUGAGGAAAUGUGCGAAGUACCAAAUUUUCUCCUACUUGAACAUAACAUGCUGUUAAACGAGAUCAUGGGAUUACUGUCUAAUGACUAUUUAUCAGCCGUUCAUGAAAUUUUAGUAAGAAUAGACGAGUUGAGGGAGAGGUUGAGUUGUCUGAGUUCCUGCGACUUAACGGAGUUAGUACGUGCUUUGAAGAAAUUACAAGAUUGUAAAGAAAAAUUGUUGGCGUUAUUUUCCCCAAGAACGACUUCAGUCGAGACAUUAUGGGGUUUGAUUGAGGAAUUAUAUGGAAGGGUUGAGAUGUCAAAGAUGUACAAGGAGAGUGAAUUGCUGGAUUUUGGAAGAGGAAAGGCAAGUGAGUCGGCUCGCCUUGAACAGCGAGUUGUAAAUUCUGGUGACUCAGUGCAAUUCCAAUCAGGUAGAUUUUCAUUCUUGGUCCAAACAAAUUAAUUUGUUACGUAUGGUGAUAGUUGUACGUCAACAGAAGAACUCUUUAAAGUCAAAUUUUAAUCCAAUCAAGUACCAGCAGGUACCUACUCUUUUUAUC